UAUGAAUAUGUGAUAGAUUCAUGAAUAUUCAUAUUACGCCACCUCGGGAUCGCUUUUUUGCUGGUGCUGCUUUCUUCACAUUCGGCUACAAAAACCACUGAAUAUGUCUUUGGAAAUCGAAUCUGCUGAUGUGGUGAGACUGAUCCAGCAGUAUCUGAAGGAAGCAGGUCUGCCUCGGACCUUGGCCACCCUUCAGGAGGAAUCUUCUGUAUCCCUCAACACGGUGGACAGCAUUGACCAGUUCAUCACGGACAUCAACAGCGGUCAUUGGGACACUGUCCUGCAGCAGAUACAAUCACUCAAGCUCCCGGACAAGACCCUCAUUGACCUCUAUGAACAAAUUGUGCUUGAAUUGAUUGAGCUGCGUGAGCUUGGCGCUGCUAGAUCACUUCUCAGACAGACUGAUCCAAUGAUUAUGCUCAAACAGAACCAGGCUGACAGAUACGUCCACCUAGAAAACCUCCUUGCUAGAUCCUACUUUGAUCCUCGUGAAGCGUACCCUGACGGGAGCAGCAAGGAAAGGAGACGAGCGGCCAUCGCCCAGGCCCUCUCGGGGGAGGUCAGCGUGGUACCCCCAUCACGCCUGCUAGCCUUGCUUGGACAGUCUCUUAAAUGGCAGCAACACCAGGGUCUGUUACCUCCAGGCGUGACCAUAGAUUUGUUCAAGGGUAAGGCAGCCGUCAGGGAUGAGGAAGAGGAGAAGUAUCCAACACAACUCAGCAAGACCAUCAAGUUUGGUCAGAAGUCCCAUGUGGAAUGUGCAGCUUUCUCUCCGGAUGGUCAGUUCCUAGUGACCGGUAGUGUGGACGGAUUCGUUGAGGUCUGGAACUUUCAGACAGGAAAGAUCAGGAAGGAUCUCAAGUACCAGGCAGAGGAUUCGUUCAUGCUGAUGGAUGAUGCUGUGCUAUGUAUGUGCUUCAGUCGGGACAGCGAAAUGGUUGCUACAGGGGGUCAGGAUGGUAAGAUCAAGGUUUGGAAAGUUCAGACAGGGCAGUGUUUGAGAAGAUUUGAGAAUGCUCACAGCAAGGGAGUCACUUCUGUCAAGUUCUCCAAAGAUGCCACUCAGAUACUCAGCUCUUCAUUUGAUCAAUCUCUAAGGAUACAUGGAUUGAAAUCUGGCAAGACAUUGAAAGAGUUCCGAGGACACACAUCAUUUGUGAAUGAAGCCGUCUUUGCUCCUGAUGGUCAUCUUGCUCUCAGUGCUUCAUCAGAUGGUACCAUCAAGGUCUGGAACAUCAAGACUACAGAAUGCAUCAGUACCUUCAAAUCACUGGGAGGCUCAUCAGCUACUGACAUCACAGUCAACUCUGUUAUGCCGUAUCCCAAGAAUGCAGAACAGUUUGUUGUCUGUAACCGUAGCAACACUGUCGUUAUCAUGAACAUGCAAGGACAGAUUGUUCGGAGUUUCAGCUCUGGUAAGCGGGAGGGAGGAGAUUUCACAUGUAGUUGCUUAUCACCGAGAGGGGAAUGGAUCUACUGCGUAGGAGAGGAUUUGGUGCUCUACUGCUUCUCUACAUCAACUGGAAAACUAGAAAGGACACUCACUGUCCAUGAGAAGGAUGUGAUAGGCAUUGUACCCCACCCUCACAACAAUCUUCUAGCCACAUACAGCGAAGAUGGUCUCCUCAAGCUAUGGAAAUCAUGAGCUGCCUGCACAGACAGGAGAUAGACUUUAGUUCAUAGGGCUUUAGCUUUUUGAAAUCUAACGUAAGUUAUUUUCCCCUGCAUGCCUAAAAGUCAAUUAGGGUCCACAUACAAAAAUCGUUAUUGGACAUUCUGAAAAAUAUUUUUAGAAAUCAAGUACACCUGGGCCCCGUCUUACAAAGAGUUUCGAUUGAUCCAAAUCAAUCGCAAGUUUGCAGUCUCCUAUCACUUAUGUACAUAG